UUGAUGCGAGGAAAAGUGGAAAAUCGAAUGAUUGAUGCAUUUGUAAAACGGAUAGUUAGCUAUGUUCCGAUCGCUGCUCGCCGAGUAUCAUAGUAAAACGUUUCUAAAUCGUAGGAUUUCAAUUUACAGCUUGCAUUUCCCUCCUUCGCGUGAGGUAUAAGGCGGCCCUGGGGGGGUUAGUGAUACGGUUGGAUUUUCGCUAGCUAAUUUUGCUAGCCAUGCUAACGCUAGCUGGUUAGCUUUGUUUACAUCAAGUGCGCGCCUGGGAUCUGGUAGCUAAUUGCUAACCAAACGAAUGUGUGAUCUUGGGGGUAGCCCUUCGUUCAUUUAGGCAUCGACGAGGACACAGUGUUGGAAAGUAAAUGGCCUCUGUGGCCAACUUAGACCAGCUCUCGUGUGAAACGUUUGGCUGAUGUCGUAAGCUAACGCUAGCUACAUAAUGCUAACCUUUUGACCAUGGGUCGUUUGAUCAUUUGAAUCACUGUUACCUGUUAUGUAGUGGUACGGAUCAUGCGAGCAAUUGAAACCUAGAGUCUAAUUGCUAGAAAUAAACAGAGGCUCAAAUUGUGAUCUGAACGAUCUCGUUGGUUGAAUAGGAACGACUACGAACCGGUGAUGCUAACUUUGGCUAGCCGCCCGCCGAGCUAACGUUGUGCGCGUUUAGUAAGAAGCAUGUUUUAGCAUGUUCGUUGUCUUUUAUCGUGUCUAAUAAUAAUUCAUAUGUCUGCAUUGACACACUGGAGUGGCUGAUUGUUACUCCGCUAGGCCAGUUUAUAUUUUCUCCAUCCACCCUGAGACUUGGCUAUCUUUAGUUCCGUCGCAGCUAGUGGCUGGGUGUUUUUUUUCCUGGGCCGUGUUUUCCCUAAGGCUGCGGAGUACCCGCUAUGAACCCCGUUAAUGCAACCGCUCUGUACGUGUCCGCCAGCCGGGCCGUGCUGCAGUGUGACCCGAGGCAGCCGAACACCUUCGCAGAUAUGUACACGCUACUGCCCUUCUUCCGACAAUCCCUCGCAUGCCUCGUCUGUGGUAAACUGCUCCAGGAUCCCAUUUCCCCAACACACCCAGAGUGUCAGCAUUAUGUCUGCUUGGGCUGCAAAGGCCAGAAGAUGCAGAUCAGGCCAUCAUGCGGCCGCUGUAAGGACUAUUCCUGCUUCCAGGAGAACAAACAGCUCUCUUUGCUGGUACAAUGCUACAGAAAGCUCUGCCUAUAUGUAACUCAUUCACCUUUGCUGCAGUUGAUCAGCAGCCAUGUAGGAGGGUCUCCGGAGGUUAUGGCCUUGCUAGAAGAGGUGCUAAUGUCACAUGAAGAGGAGAUGGAGACAGAGGACCUAAGCCUAGCAAAAGAAGAUGUAAAUCCCUCUGCCUCUGAGUCCCUUACUCCCACAGAGGCACCACCUGCUCCUGCAGAGCUCUCAGCUGUACCCCAGAGCUCGUCCUCUGACCCUCUCUGUUCCAAUGGACCGCAGGAAUGCAAUGGAGAAGUUCUGGAGGACUUGGAUCCCUCAUCUCCUGAGCUGGAAGUAUGCGAGUUGGUAGAGGAGCAGCCACAGGCAGGUCUGUCUGUGUCCAGUACUGGUUGUGGUGGCCUUGAACUGAGUCUGACCACUGGACCUUUAGCCCCAACUCCAGGCACUGUGUGCUCACUCAGGGAUGGGGAAUCUAGCAGCAGGGAGCUGGAGGAGGGGGAGGUGUUGCUUCUCAGUAUGGAGGAGGUGUUACAGACUUUGGAUCCCCUUCAGCCCGGCCGAGAUUCUUCUCAUGUACAGCCAGAAAGAACGCACACUCGCACACACAUAACUACGGACAGAGCACAUGCUCAAAUGUACAUACAGCUGGAUGCAGCUCACAACUACACACAGAUUCGAACAGACAGGACUAACACAGUGGCAAGUCAUGGUCCUCACAUACACACAUCCUCUUUCGAUCCUCCUCCAACCUCCAAGCCCCCGCCAGUCCGCCUUAAACGUAAGCGAUCUCGUUCAGAGAGUGACAGGGAAAAGGUGAAACCCCUCCCUAUCGCCUCCAUCCUGCAGGGCUCCUCCUCACACUUACGCACUCCAAACCCCUCUCCGACACUUCAUUCACAACCGCUCACACCAUCCUUAACUGUACCAGCACACACAUACUCGUCUGUUCCUAAUGGGGCGCCUCCCAAGCCCAGUCGCCCUGUGCAGAACCACAAUAAGGGUGCCAGAAAGCAUGUCGAUCCGGGCCCCAAGAAGCCCCAUGCGAAGGCCCGCAGUGGUGGAGGCUCCAAGACCAAGGACGGAAGCAAAGACCAGCGGUUGAUGUCAGGCUGCCUUGUACCCCCAGCGCCUGUCAGGCCUCCUUAUAAGAAGCCAGUGGAAAAGAAGGGCUGCAAGUGUGGCAGGGCCACCCAGAAUCCAUCUGUGCUGACCUGCAGGGGGCAACGCUGUCCCUGCUACUCAAACCGCAAGGCUUGCUUGGAUUGUAUCUGUCGAGGUUGCCAGAACUCCUACAUGGCCAAUGGUGAGAAGAAGCUAGAGGCCUUCGCCGUGCCAGAGAAAGCCUUGGAGCAGACGCGGCUCACACUUGGCAUCAACCUCACCAGCAUCACGGCGGCCGCAGCGCUCCGCAGCCCGGCAACCACCAGCAUCCGUGCGAACACCCUCCUCAAUGUCACUACAGCAACGGGGACCCCCGUCACCACGGCCUUCCUGUCCCCCAGCCCCCCGCAAGAGCCCAACUAUGAGGACAGCCUGGAGCUGCUAAUUGGAUGAGAGGCUGGGACUCCAAAAAAAAACAUAAAACAACAAACAGACAGCUCGGUGCUGAUUGAAUGUGAUGGCUGAUCAUUGUGUCUGUCAGACAACCUGUACCUCCCCCUUAGAGGGGAGGCAAUCUAAGGCAGCUAUGGGUCUGUCCUGUCCUGUAACCUGCUCUUCUUCUUCUGUGUUGGAAAAUGCUGAGUAGUAAGACUAGCAUGGGUGUGCCAAAGCCUCCUGUAUUGUGCCUGUGUGCCGGUGUGUAUUGUUGCCUGCCUGUAGUUAAACACUUAUACUCAGUUCCAAGGCUGUUCUGUACUUCAGAGGUGCUUUUUGUUCAUAGACCACAGACAUACUGUAAGAGGCAAUAGGAACCCAUACCAGGUUUUGUGUGUGUGUGUGUGUGCGUAUGUGUGAUUUUUGGUGCAUAAUGAUAACAAAAACCACCUCAUUAUGUCUCAGUCACCUGUCACCACAUCUUCCAUGUUUGCGUAUAGCUCCACAUAUGUUUAAGAAAAGCAUAGUUGGUAUUAGGACGGCCCUUACUAAUCCUUAACCCUGUAUGUGUUCACACCUUAAUCGUGAAUGAAUCUUAAUGACUAAUCUACGGAGAAGUUCCGCCUCACACAAGACUGUAUGCCUUUUAUAUCUCGUUAACUCACUCAAUCCAAGUACUGUCAACUGAUAAUGAAUUUGUCUUAAUGAACUUGACUGAUGCAGGCAUUGUACAGGCAGCAAGAUAAUGUCUAAGCACUUGGCUGGCUCCAUGGUUUCUGUGUGUGUAAGCACGUGUAUGUGUGUGUGACUGUAUGCGCCUGCUGAGAUUUACUGUAAUGUCAGUGGGGAGGCAGAUGGUGGGUUGUAAGCACUUAGACUGAUUGAUUGGCCAUACUACAAGUAAAACCAAUAUUGGUUACCAUAGCAAUAGGAGCACCAAGAAGGAGCCUCCCAGCUCUUGUGCACACACGCAGUUGUUUACAGUAUUGCCAUUUAUAUAGACUAUAACUGACUGUCUUCUAAAAUAUUACACCGUUAUGUUUUGACUGUGGGAUUGUACAUGACUGUGUGUGUGUUUAGAUAAACUGAAGCCAUAGGUUGUCAUUAACAAGACAAAACAUCCUCUGCGUGUGCAUUUCUUCCCCCCUGUUGUAGUGUCUUGACUGAUUAGAGACCAACUCAGAGACUAUUUUUGAUACCAAGUGUUUGAGAUUGGGUACCACUGUCUUUUUGUGUGUGUGUGUGUGUGUGUGUUUUGGUUAAAGCACCUUGAAGCCCUCCUAUAACUCAAGAGGCUGUGUAUUGUCUGUGUUUGUGUUUACUGUCUCAGCUGUAACUACAACAUGUCUGUCAGUCCAGUCAUGGUGACCAAAAAGAGACUGAAGGAGAGAGAGAGAGAGAGUGAGGACUCAGGCAGACCAAUCAAACACCUUGGUUCUCCACUCAUGGACCAGGAAGUAGCAGGUGGAUUACAGUAUGAUCUAUCUUCCUGCGUGUGUAUGUUUCAAAAUGUAUUUCUGUUGGGCAUUACUUGAACCCUGAUUAGUUUUUGGUAUUGUUUUUUUUUAUGUAAAAACUCUUGUUUGAGGAGUGACUCUUAUUAUUGCUGAAACAUUCACUGCCAUAAUAUGGAAACAUGUACUACAACAUGAAUUAAAAGAUAGUUUUUUACUUUUUCA